AUGGUGCAUGGGAACACCACCUCGGAUUUCAUUCUCCUAGGACUCUUUGACCAUACCACAGCCCACCAGUUUCUUUUUGGAGUUGUCCUGGCAGUUGUGUUCACCUCAAUUAUAGGCAAUGGCCUCAUUGUUCUCCUGACCCACCAGGACUCCCAGCUGCACAAGCCCAUGUACUUCCUCCUCAGCCAGCUCUCCCUCAUGGACAUCUUGCUGGUCUGUACCACAGUGCCCAAGAUGGCUCAUGGUUACUUGACUGGAGAGAAGUCUAUUUCCCAGGCUGGAUGUGGGCUGCAGAUCUUUUUCUUUCUGACUGUGGGGGGUGGAGAGUGUUUCCUCUUGGCAGCCAUGUCCUAUGACCGUUAUGUGGCUGUGUGCCACCCACUGCGGUAUGCCACCCUCAUGAGCUGGCAGAUGUGUCUGACAAUGGCUUUGGGGUCCUGGCUACUAGGGGCAUCUGAUGGGGUUAUGCAGGCUGCCGUUACCCUCAGCUUCCAAUUCUGCAGCAGACUUGAGAUCGAUCAUUUCUUCUGUGAGGCCCCCACAUUGGUGCAUUUGGCUUGCGGUGACACCUCUGCCUUUGAGUAUUUCAUGUACAUCUGCUGUGUGCUGAUGCUCCUCAUUCCCUUGUCCCUCAUCCUUACUUCCUACAGCCUCAUCCUCGCUGCUGUCCUGCGCAUGCGCUCCACAGAGGCCCGUGAGAAGGCCUUUGCCACCUGCUCCUCCCAUUUGGCAGUGGUCAGUCUCAUUUAUGGAGCUGCUAUUUUUGUUUACAUGAGACCCACAUCCUACAGGUCAGCCAACCAUGAUAAGGUGGUGUCAGUCUUCUACACCAUCCUCACCCCUAUGAUGAACCCCCUGAUCUACAGUCUGAGGAACAAGGAGGUCAAAGAAGCCCUGAGGAAGUGUCUGAGGCAGUGUGGUGCCUUAAAAAGUGACUGA